GUAGCUCUGCACAUAUUCUAAGACACGCCACCAACAAUCAAUCAGAUCUCUAGACAUCGCGAUGAGAAUACUUUAUCUAGUUACUAUCACUACUUGGUACGGCUCUUGGCUUAGUUUUUCCCAACUGAUCAGCCGUGUGCCACAGUACUACCAGUCUUGCAAUGAGGCUCCUAACGUUUCGGCAAUCUAUAUGAUCAGACCUCGUAACAAUUCAGCUCCCUUUCAAGCGUACUGUGAACAAGAACACUUCGGUGGUCAUUGGCUACAAUUUCAAAACCGUCUGGAUGGCUCGACGAACUUUAACCGAAGUUGGAAUGAUUAUAAGUUCGGUUUCGGAAGUUUACAGCGAGAAUUUUGGUUAGGACUGGAAAAACUGCAUCGGAUCUCUCAUGAAAAGCCAUGCGAGCUGUUAGUGGUGAUGGCAAACUACAGCGAGUUUCCUGUUUGGUAUCACUACACUACAUUCGGGGUGGCCAAUGAGACAGAUAAGUAUGCGCUCAAGUUAUUAGGAUUCAUGGAAGGAACGGCAGGAGAAUCCUUCUACGACUACCGGAAGGAAAACUUUAGUACCUACGACAGAGUGAACGACAAAUCCGGCAGAAAUUGUGCAGCCGUAAUGGGGAGUGGAUACUGGCAUUUGGAUUGUGGAACUGGAAGUAGACGGAACAAUUUGAACGGCGUCUAUGGAGCUCGAGUGCUGGAUAACGGAGCCGGAAUGUGGUGGGGAGGAUUUGGCGGGCCUCCAAAUCCAUUGAAGUGGUCUAAGAUGUUUAUCAAAGUUAGACCAGUUCUAAAGACACGAGUUUCUACCAAAAGAUGAAAAUUUUGUUCAUAAUUUUAUUAAACCUUUCAAACCAUUCCAAUUCCAUCGUCAUUUAACUUAGAAAACUCUCUAUGAAGUAGGAAUAACAGUUCAUAAAUUUAAUUCUAUCGCAUAUUCUGACAAUAAAUAUUAUUUUGAUUUUUAAGCAGGCUGAUCUUGAUCUA